CUGGAUCGGCGUGGGUGGGUCCGUGCUGCCGCGGAAAUUCUGCAGGGAGCUCAGAAGCUUGAAGAUGAUGGCAAAGCAGUUUCCACUAGAAUUGGAUUGAGCUCGGCCUCGAGCACAACCUCCAUUUGUCCCUGUUACAAGGUAGAGGAAGCGAACAUCGACAUGGCUACAGCCAACGCUUCCCGGAGCGUCUCUCCCGGAGCGGCUCUGUUGAGGUCAUCUCGCAUGUUCUCCAUGCCAGCUCCCAUCUCAGCACCGGCCGACCUUUCUUUAGCAACAAAGCACAAAUCAGCGACUGCGACAACCCCGUUUCCUACACGUCUCUCGGUCACUACCACUGAGUCGUCGCGCGCGGUGGGUGAUUGGGGAUUCAAGCGCCCUUUCCCCUUGAAGACGACCACCAAGUCUACGCUGCCGCUGGUCAGGAUCAGACAGGUCGACUCCAUUGAGCAAGUAACGGAUUUCCAGUCGUCUUCGGACCAUACCAUCACUUUGAAAAAAUGGCAAGAACUCAAUAUGGACAUCACGGUGCCUCAAGAAGCCAGUGACAAGAGACCUGGCAAAUCCGUUUUUGAAGAGGCGAGCGACAUUACUGCACUAAGUGCCGAGGACAAGGUCAAGAAAGAGAGCAUCCGCUGGAAGUUCAGCGGACCGUGGCUGGCGGGUAUGACGGAAGGCGAGUUCAACCAGUACCUAUCAGAAACAGUGCGUGAAAGGCGCUCAGAAUUCCGAGACUACCUGAAGCAACAACUGGCCGCCGAGACGACCAACGACCGAAAGGCACAGGCAGCGGAGAAAGCAGAGGAGCUACCCGCACCCGUCCUGCCGAGUGACAUUUCCGAGGAAGCCCUGACCGAAUAUCUCAGGAGACUUCGCGGGGACCGCAUUCUCCUUUUCCAGCACGUCAGCCGAUUCUUGGAUCUCGCGCCGCUGGCACCACAAACGAGUAUAUUGGAGGGUCUGAACCACUUCGCGGUCAACAAGAGAUACGACAUCACCCUGAGUCCGUACGCGCAAAACGGCCCGCCAAUCACACAUCCGUCUGCCGGUCUCUCUUAUCUCCGCACCAAGAGCUAUGUAGACAACCAUCCUCUCUACGGCCCACAACAAAAGCAUCCUCCGGUGAAGGCGAGAAUCGUGUCGCCCAGAUCGGGCUCCACCGGCUACGUUGCCAAGAUUGGUGUUGCCGGUCUCAUAUCCAAAAUCCCAGAAGGAGAGACAACAUUCAACUACAAGAGCACGGGCCGUGGAAUGAGGGAGAAGAUCCCUGGUCUCAACGAGUUCGUUCCUGAUGUUUUCGGCGGUUCCAAGGUUUACGUGGCACCUCACAGGGCGUCAGUUGACCCCAAGGGCAAGAUGAUUCUUCAAUUUGAGGAGACGGAUGCGCAAGCGACGAUUAUACAGAAGGAGAUGGUAGGCGAAGGGGACGUUUGGGAGGCUGCUGUAAAGGAGAGGACCGAGUCUCUCACUGUCGAGAGACCCGGGGGGAUGCGACGGACGCAGCGCAGCAACCAAAGGGCUAUCUAUGGCAGCUCUGCCAACUAUGGCCUCGACCGGUAAGAAGCAUAUCAUCGGACUGCACUGCCCGUAAGUCGUAACCUGCAGGGGUUGCUUGUGCCGCUCAAGGACGAUGUCUUAGUCGAUACCCGUCAAUGUACACUAUUUGUGGGAUUGUGUAUACGUGUAUAAAUAUGAGAAGCCAGAUCUAAAGCAAAAUGGAUCUGCCAAUAACCCCGUUCUUCACCUGGCUUUGGAUAUGCAUUUGAUGUCCCCCUUGCGGCGCAAUGCCGCGGAAUCAACAUGUGCGCAUUGCCAUUUAUGAAUACUAUUGGCGCUGAAUGUGUCUAGGCUUGUGAGGCGAAUGCAAGAGCAGACAGUGCUGGUGCAAUAGCAACGAUCACAGGUUGUUGCCUCCCAAAAAGAUGCUUGCUAUAUAAUAUAUGCUCUACGGUAUGCCAACUU